UGAGGAGGGGGGGGGGGGGCGUGUAUUUUGACGCAAGCGCAGUUCAGCAUGCGGUACACGUGACUGCGCACUGUAAUAACAAUGUGGAUGUUUUCCUUGCAGAGGAGAUACCUGCACUCCUCGUUGUGUUUGAUGAAGAAACUGAAGGGUAAGACGCCAGCAGAGCAGCGCUGGCUCCGACGGCAGCUUAAAGACCCGUAUGUCAAAGCUUCUCAGGCCCAAAACUUUCGAUGCAGGAGCGCCUUCAAGCUUCUAGAGAUAGAUGACAAGUUCAGGCUCUUACAGCCUGGAUACGCUGUGGUGGACUGCGGAGCUGCUCCUGGAGCCUGGAGCCAGGUGGCAGUCCAGAGGGUCAAUUCAGCUGUGACAGAUCCAGAGUUGCCUCGUGGUAUGGUUGUUGGCAUUGAUUUGCUGAACAUACCGCCUCUGGAUGGUGCUCACUUCCUGUCCAGUUGCGAUGUCACAGACCCUGCCACACAUGCCAAGCUGUUGGAGCUUCUUCCCCACGGCAAGGCUCAUGUCAUCCUGAGCGACAUGGCACCCAAUGCCAGCGGUUUCAGAGAGAUGGACCACGAGAGACUCAUCACAAUGUGUUUGUCUUUGAUAGACUUGGCUGAGAAAAUUUUACAGCCCCAGGGUUCUCUUCUUUGUAAAUACUGGGAUGGGAUCCUUGCUCAUAAACUCCAGGAAACACUCUCAAGUGUGUUCAGUAGUGUUCGGACUUUAAAGCCAGAUUCCAGCAGAAAAGACUCAGCUGAACGAUAUUUCCUUGCUAGAAUGUUCAGAAGGCCAGUAAACUGAUGUUUAAUUAUGGAGUGUGUGCUCCGUUCAGUCUGAGCAUGACGAAGGGGCUCUCUUAGUGGCUGUCAUCAAAAGAUGGCACUGUUGAGGCAUAAGUAAGGCUGACUGCUCCAGGCACAGAAGCAAACACAUUAAACACUGUGAUGCUGGCUUUUAAGCCCUGCAAACUUAACACAGCAGCAGUGAAUCAGUAAUAUGUAAACCUAUGCAAGAAUCAGUUUGAUAUUCCUCAAGAGCCCAAUGCAGUGCUUCUCUGAAGUUAUUGUUUGCCCCAAGUGUUUGUUCUACACACUCAGACUGGUAUUUGCUUUGUUACAGAAAGUCAUCUACCAGUGGUGCUUAUGCUAAUAAUUUGCACUGCCAGCCAUGUAGAAAUAUGUAAUAAUUCUCUCACUGAGAGCUCACAGAGAGCGAAAACUAAUACAUAAGAGUCAAACACAGUAUGACUAACUGGAAGUGGGAUGCUACUCAAGUGUUAUUGGGUUCUGACAGUGAAAACAUGUCCAUUUCCUGUGAAAAUGUUAUAAGCACAGUCAUUUCAGUUUUUUUUUUUUUUUUUUUUUUUAACUUCAUAUUUUCACAGAUCUCCUUUAAAUCACUGAGGUGAACACUUUCAUUUGUUUCUAUUUUUUUUUAGUACAACUGGUCAUGAAAUAAAAGCACAUUUUGUAGUCGUACUGUGUCACAGUCUUGUCCUGACUUGUAGCGCCAUUCACCAGAGCCAGGUGCAUAUACGAUGUCAGUAUCUUCUCUUCCCAUCUUAGUGCAUUCGUUUUCAUGUAUG